AUGUAUCCGAUCAUAUGGCUCGUUCUGCUUGGCAUCUCUAGAGCACUUAUCAUCAGGCACCCGUCUCAGGGAGACGUUGUUGAUGUCAAGGAAUAUCUCAAUAUCACAUGGGACUUGACAAAUCAAGACGACAUGGAUUUAAACGCGUCAGUGAGGCUUACAAUCUAUGAUACGAACCCUCAUUACUACCUGAGCGAGGAGAUCACAACGGUACCAAUUGCAAUGCAUCAUUUGAUUUGGAAUAAAUCUCUUCCGUUUGGCGACCACUACGCAAUUACCCUCAUAGACGUCCAAGGCAUCUUUUCGUCUGGUAAUUUCACUGUCAUCAACGGUCCCACGCACACCAUACCUCCGAUUACAAGCUACCUGACAUCUACAGCAGCUGCCUCAAGCUCUAUAGUAGACUGGCAGAGUAAAACAUCUGCUGCGGCACCGCUCACACAGCUCUCAACUUCCGUUACACAGGCUCCUUCCGCGUUACCUUCUACCACUAGUGAGCCUGCUAAUAGUAGAUUGAGCAGUGGCAGUAAGGCUGGGGUUGGAGUAGGGGUUUCAGUAUCAGCAAUUGUGCUUGCUGGCGGCUUGGCUUAUUUUUUCAUCCGGCGUCGUCGACAGAAGCAGGAACAGGGACAAUCUAACCAAAGUUACGACAGACAAAUUGCAGGCGGUCAUAUUGAUGAACCCAAAGCUGUACCGCCUCCGAACUACUACUCUGCUCCACCUGUGUCUCCAGAAGCUGAUAGUCGGCCACUCAGCGAAUUGCACUCGAAUACGAUUGCGCACGAACUUGCGGCUUAA